AUGCAACUCGUCGCAACUAUCUUGGUCACCCGUGCUGUCUAUUACCUCCUUAGACCUUUGUCCGCACCUAAAAUCUUUACAGAUAUUCUGGGUGGUGUGCUGAUGGGGAAAACUGCGUUAGGUCGGAUUCCUUUGUUUCACAAUUUGUUCCCUUUGAGAAGCAUCAUGAUAGUUGAAACAGUAGCAUACUGGGCAUUGUGUUGCCACGUGUUCUUGCUUGGUUUAGAAUUUGACAUGUCUGUAAUUGCAAAUCUAACACGGACAAGCAAGAAGGCAAUCCAUGUUGCUAUUGCGGGAAUCUUCAUUCCUUUCAUUAUGGGAAUUAGCCUUUUCUUUCUCAUGAAUCAAGCUGCUGGUGGAGAAUAUCACAAUAAGGGAUGCAUCUUCGUCGGUGUGUCGCUGGCAAUCACAGGCUACCCUAUUGUUGCUCGAGUUUUGAACGAUGUCAAGUUAGUCCACACGGAUAUUGGAAGAAUGGCCAUGUCAGCUUCUCUUGUCAGUGACUUGAUUUCUUGGAUUCUUGUUGUUAUCACGAUAGCGUUUCUUAAUAACGAAGGGACUACUGGCAGCCUAUCACUCUUUUCAACAAUUGGUUUCGCUGUGCUUUGCAUUUUCGGACUCCGCCCCGCUCUGGCCAUCAUAAUCCGCAAAACAUCAAAGGAAAACAACUUUAAUGAGGAUUAUCUAUGUUGCGUUCUGGUUGCGAUUUCAGCAUUUGCAGUUGUUACAGAUAUUCUUGGGACCAACUCCAUUGUUGGGGCUUUUCUUUUCGGGUUUAUUAUGCCGAAUAGGAUUCUAGCCGCUGCUUUCCUAGACAAAUUUGAGGACUUCGUGACUGGGUAUUUGUUACCCCUAUUCUUUGCGGUUUGUGGGCUGAGAGUAGACAUUUGGAGCCUUAAUAAUGAUGAAGGAAACUACUGGCCAAUAGCGUUGGUAGUUAUGGUACUUGCUUCUUCAGCAAAGGUUCUAAGCACUCUCCUUGUUUCUUAUUACGGAAGAAUGCCAACUAGAGAAGGUUUAUCUCUUGGAAUAAUUUUGAAUACCAAAGGCAUCUUAGCAAUUUUAAUCCUUCACUUCGGCGCGGCAGGAAACUUCUUGAGACAAGCAGAUUAUACAGUGAUGGUGGUGGCCAUCUUAGUAAUGACGGGGGUUGUGGCUCCUGUGUUGGCCAGCAUUUACCACCCUGAAAAACGUUUAUCCCAUUACAAGCGAAGGACAAUACAAAACGGGAGACAAGAUGGAGAAUUACGAAUCCUCGCAUGCUUCCAGAGUUUCCGGAAUGUAUCGGGCAUGAUCAACCUCAUAGACUCCUCCAAUGCUACCAGAGGAUCUCCUCUCACAGUCUUUGCACUCCACCUCGUUGAGCUCGUCGGCCGUUCCUCUGCUAUGCUCAUCGUCCACAACACGAGAAAAUCCAGUAGCUCUAGACGUGGCCGCAAAAAUUCCCAGUCUGAAAAAAUAGUUGCUGCACUUGAAACUUACCAGACUCUAAACGACAACGUUAAUAUCCAGGCCCUAACUUCAAUGUCUCCAUUUGCUUCCAUGUACGAAGAUAUUUGCAGUCUAGCUGAGGAAAAACAAACAGCUCUUUUGGUCAUACCGUUCCAUAAACUACCAUCCAAGGACGGAAAAUUAGAAGAUGAGGAUAACAAUUCAUUUAGAGGUGUAAACCUCAAUGUGUUGGCUAAUGCACCGUGCUCUGUGGGAAUUUUUGUCGACAGAGGAUUUGGGAUUUCUGAAAAUGGAGAAUCUAGACUCACCAUGCGCCAGAUACUCAUGCUGUUCGUUGGUGGACCUGAUGACCGUGAGGCUCUAGCGUACGCAUGGAGAAUGGGAGGGACGGAAGGGAUCAGUUUAACAGUAAUGAGAUUUCUUCCUGGAGAUCAAGUAGAAGAAAUUGAAGCAAUAGACCUCCCAGUUGGCGAGACACAAAAAAUGUUAACAUCCAUCUCAUAUGUAGAGAGACAUAAAAAAUUAGAUGACGAGUAUGUGAACGAGUUCAGGCUUAAGACCGCAGGAGAAGAGUUUGUAAGUUAUAAAGAGAAGGUAGCGAACAACGAUGAAGAUAUAGUUUUAGCGCUACGGGAAAUGCACCACACAUAUGACCUCUACGUUGUAGGGAAAGGGGAAGGGAUAGUCUCACCUCUCACAGCAGCCUUGGCGGAUUGGUGUGAUUACCCGGAGCUGGGGCCUAUUGGGGAUUUGCUAAUUACAUCAAGUUUUGCACAAGGCUCGGUUCUUGUGAUCCAGCAAUUUUCUGGUUCUGGAGAUGAGAGUAUUGCGGAUACGAUAUCAGCAUACAAUUCGUCCCAGCAUUUCCCGAACUGGCAGCACUUAUCAGUGGAGGAUGGUGGUUUGGAGAUGGAGCCAUUUGCAAACCAAAAUGGGAAAGCAGAUGUUCAUGUAUAG